CACACAACACACACACACACAACUGCACUGGGCUGAGUAAACAGCAGCAAACCUAUCUGACUCUUUGCAGCUUGAACAAACAGGAGCACUUUCAGUGCACUUUAACAGUCUCCAUGUUGCACGGCGAGGGGCGAGCUGACCGACUGAACGGCCAUCUCCUUUAAUAAAGAAAAGGGGGGACGGGUUAUAGUUGAGGUGUGUCUGGUUUAACAUUAACUUUAUCCAAUGAGCGCCUCCGCUGACCUCCACACACUACACUGCUCUCUGGGAGCUUCACCUACUCUUUAUUAUUAGGUACUGCUUCUUGUCUCUGAGGAAAUGUUGGAAAAGAUUUUAAUCCUGCUUUCUUUGUCAUCUGUUUUGGCACAAGAGCUCUGUACGCCAGAUGCCUCAGAUGCCUGCAAAGUCCGACUCAGCAUCAGAACCGCUCUGGGAGAUCAAGCUUACGUGUGGAAUGAAAAUGAAAUGUACCUUUUCCGAGCGACUCUGGCGUUCGCCAUGAGGACUCACUUCACCGGACAGCAAUACGAGUAAGAACACAUUUGCUAGUGUCAAAACAUCGUCGUGUGUGAUGAGACUUCCCGAGUGUCCUUCUGGUUCGUGGUGACGUCACCGCUGGACGCUUCACGCCUCGUUAAUACGGACGUGGAGGCGGCUGUGAGAAAGUCCAGGAACCGCAUCAACAACGCCUUCCUGCUGACUGAUAAAACUCUGGAGUUCAUCGGCAUCGCCCCGACCCUGGUGGCACCCGUCAGCCCCGACCCCCCUCCGUGGCUCAUCGUGUUCGGGGUGGUCAUGGGCGCCGUGACGGCCGGCAUCGUCGUGGUGCUGGUGUCCUCUCAGGUCCAAAAGAAACGGUCACAAAAGAACGAGAAAGAUGGCGAUGAGGACGGCGAGGAAGACACGCGUGGGAAAACGGUGGAAAAUGGCGCCGCGAGUGACGGCGUUUACAACAUGUCCUUCUCAGACGAUGAGCGACUCACACAGAUGUAG